UGUGUGUAUAAAUAGUCACAUGAAUCCCUUUCAGUUUAUUCACAUUCCUUGUGAAAUCAAGUUGCUGUACUCAGCCAGACAAUGGAGAGUGAACAAGGUAGUUAUGAAAAUAUCGCUUAUGAUGGUCAGAACAGUAAGCCAAUGGAAGGAGUUUUCCACAGCCAUUUAGAGGAGAAAGUUCGUCCUUAUAUCGAUCUGAUUGACUCUUUGAGGCUGAUUGGUAUUGAUGAAGAUUUGGCUUUGCCAACUAUAGCUGUAAUUGGAGAUCAGAGUUCUGGAAAAAGUUCUGUGUUAGAAGCACUAUCUGGGGUGGCACUGCCCAGAGGGAGUGGUAUUGUGACAAGAUGUCCACUGGAGCUAAAGCUGAGGAAGAUAAAAUGUGGUGUUCAGUGGCGAGCCGUAAUAUCUUACAAAGAAGAGUUCAUUGAGUUUAAUGACCCAUCACUGGUUGAGGGUUAUGUUGAGGAAGCCCAGAAUGUGCUGGCUGGAGAAGGAGUUGGAAUUUGUGAUGAACUCAUCACUCUGGAGAUCAUGGCUCCUGAUGUAUGUGACCUCACACUGAUCGAUCUCCCUGGGAUUGCCAGAGUUCCUGUAAAAGGUCAACCUGAAGACAUUGGAUAUCAAAUCAAAAAUCUCAUUGGGAAAUAUAUAGAGAAGGAUCAAACUAUAAAUUUGGUCGUAGUACCAUGUAAUGUUGACAUAGCAACAACAGAAGCUCUGAAAAUGGCCCAGGAAGUGGAUCCUGAAGGAAAAAGGACUCUGGCUAUUCUUACAAAGCCAGACCUUAUAGACAAGGGAACAGAAAAGAACAUCUUGGAUAUAGUCCGAAAUCAGGUCAUUCCCUUAAGUAAAGGCUAUGUCAUUGUUAAGUGCCGUGGCCAAAAGCAAAUUGAUGAAAAGAUCUCUCUGACUGAGGCCACUCGAGUAGAGAGGGAAUUCUUCAGACGUCAUGAAUAUUUCAGCUGCCUUUUGUAUGAGGAGAAAGCAACUAUUCAGUGCCUUGCCACCAAACUGACUCAAGACCUGGUUGAUCACAUCAAAAAAUCCUUACCACUGAUCUCAGAAGAGAUCAAGAAGCAGCUGUGGAGCUUUAGAAAAGAGCUGAGUCAGUGUGAAUCCGGCCCACCACUGGAUCCACAGAAGAGGAAGACCUUUUUUAUUGAUACCUUGACGAAAUUUAAUGAUAAGAUCAACCGCUUGACAUCUGGAGAAGUGGUCAACAAUGAUAACUUGUUUGUAAUUCUUCGGUCUGAAUUUAAAAAGUGGAAAGACCAUCUUGACAACACAAAGGGAUCAUUCCACAAAACGGUCCAGGAAGUGGUGGCUGAAUAUGACCUGAAGCACAGAGGACGAGAGUUGCCUGGCUUCAGUGACUACAAGGUGUUUGAGAUGGUGGUACAGAAGCUUGUGAUCCUGCUAACAGGACCAGCCAUUGACACACUCAGGGUCAUCAGAGACACCAUUCAGAAACAGUUUUCAGAUGUGUCCAAAACCUGCUUUCUCAACUACCCUUACCUCCAGUCUGUUGCAAUGAACAAGAUAGACAACAUUCAGUCAAAGCAGGAAGCCAAGGUGGAGGAGAGGAUCAGGGAGCAGUUUGAGAUGGAGCAACUGGUCUACACUCAAGAUGGCAUCUACUUCAAAACCUUGAAUGAUGUUAAUGCUACUGAUGGACUUCAGGCUUCAGAAGACAAUUUUGCUGGGUUUGACAGCAGAAACAAAUAUCCUGAAAUGCUGCGGGCUUAUUACGAGAUCGUGGUGCAGCGCUUGGCUGAUCAGGUGCCCAUGCUGAUCAGGUACUUCAUGCUGAAGGAAUCUGCUCAGCUGCUGUGCAGCGAGAUGUUUGGUUUAAUGGACGGUGCCAACGUGGCCGAGGCUUUGCGUGAAGAGUCAGAUAUCAGCAGACGUCGCAUUGACAUGCAGAACCGCGUGGACCGUCUUACUCUUGCUCAAGAUAAACUCAGCAACUUCGUUUGAAGCUACAGGCCACUGCUGAUCAGGGUUUUACAUCUUUAGCAUCUGAGUAAGCUAAAGCUACUGAGUAAGCUAUCAGCAAAUAAGCAAAUUUUGAAUUUGGUGUGUAAAUAGAGAAAAUUCGAAACUUUUUCAGGACUGAAACCAGUCAUCUACAGACACAGCUUUUAUAUUUAACAGAUCCUUUCAAUUCAAAGGACAUUUUAUUCUGUAGAUGAUCAGAUGUAGAUGUGAUGUAUUCUGUAUCAUUUAGAUACUAUACCAAGACUUUGUCAUUUUAAUUAAAAAGUGCCAUUUUGGCAGAAUUCUUAUUUACAUUUCAGACCCAGAAACAAAUCUCAAUAUUUCACAAGCUUAUGCUAAAUAGAGUUUUACAAAAUAUAAGUGGAUAUAAUUUGUGGGUUUUAUCAUUUAUUUUACAACAGAUCUGCCUAUAUUUAUCCUGUUAAUAUCUGAAGUUUUUCUUCAAAUACCAUUGCACCUAUUUUUUAUAUUACUUUUUUUUUUAAGGAAUCCAAAUUUUAUGGCUGUUCUGAUAAUCGGAAAGAACACAACAGUUUUCAUGAAUUAAGUUUUUCAGGCUUUUCUUACCUUUACUGAGGUUUUUGUGUGUAAUAUAAGCUUAGAACAGCAUCAGUUAUAAAUGUUAGUUACUACCGGUACAGAAAGAGUAUAAAAGAACUCAGAAUAUGAACUAUUUAACCAUGCAUAUAAUUCAGUGUGAUAUCUACAGGUAAGAUGUACUUUAAUAUGUAAGGAAUUGGGGAUUAAUAAAGUUCUUUGAAUUCUUUGAAUCAAAUCAUUUCAAAGCAAUGCUGUAUAUUAUGGAUGUAUUAUAUUCUAAUCCACAUAUAGACCUGAGGUAUACCUUCAAAGCAAAUGAAGAUUUCUAUUUUU